AUGGGAGUUACAGUUAAAGGAAUAAGGGAGACAAGAAACGGCGAUGUACUGGUCGAAAUAAGUGCAAGUGUGGAGGCCAGGAAUAAAUUCAGCGAAGCCUUAACAGCAGCAGUAGGACAGGAUGGGCAGGUUCGACAACUUGUCCCGAAAGCCAGCCUGGACAUAAGGGAUUUAGAUGCAGCAACUGACGAGCAGGAGGUCAGGGAUGCACUAGAAAAAUUACCUGGACUAGGGAAUACUGGUGAAUUUAAAAUCAACCUGUCCAAACCAAGUAGAUGGGGCACUAGGAUGGCUUUCAUUGAAUGUGAUGAAGUAAAUGCUAAGAAGCUAGAUGAAUUGGGACACAUCCGAAUUGGGUGGGUCAGUUGUCGUGUAAUACUCAGGUUGGUGGUUAGGCGCUGCUUUCGUUGUCAUGGCUUUGGCCAUAUUGCGGUAUCCUGCAAGGAGAAAGACAGAUCAAAGUCUUGUUGGAAGUGUGGGAAGGAGGGGCAUAUGUCCUCGUCCUGCAAGGAGGAACCUCAUUGUUAUCUGUGCGAGGAGCGCAUAGGUAGCAAUUCUAACAUUGACCAUAUUCCGGGAUCUUUUAGGUGCUUGUUGUAUAAAGAGCACUGUGGGUUUAAACAUUAA